AUGCAUGUGUUCAGUUCCGCGCACUCAAUACUGCAGGAGAUUGUGGGUGACAUAAGUGUUGAGGUGGAGAUACACCACGAUACGGAGUGGGACAUAUUUCCAGAAAUCGGGGAGUCCAUAAGACAUGCAGGCGCUGAGGAGCUGUGCUUCAGCGUCGGGACCUGCCCGAAUCAGGGCAGAUGGGCAGUUGGCAUUGCAAAUGGCUGGAAAGGCCGCGAAACUGCUGUGAAGCUUGCUUUGGGCUUCUCCUUGCUGGCCGACCGAUCACCCGAUGAUCUGGAGAAUUUCUGCAAGAACUACCCGGAAUUCAGGGUAAUGGUGGCCGAAGCUGGCCUAUUGCCUCCCAGAGGCCCAGCAAAGAGAAGUGCAUUCAAUGCGUCACAGGGCCAGCAGUGGCAAUCAAGCCCGAAGCAGAAUUCUUGGUCCGCUUCUCCUGCUCCGGCUAGUGGAGGAUUCCCCAAAUUCGUUUGGGCUUCGCUGGACAACACAGCAGGUCUCGUGCAGGAAGGACUGCCUGCAGAAGGCCUUUGUGUUUACCACGACAAGCAGUUCGCGGACCUCUUCAAAAAUGGCCAGUACGUCUUGCAAGAGGUGCUGGGGGACGUCGGUAGUGAGGUCGUCUUCACCCACGACCCCGACUGGGAGAUCAUGCCGGAGAUGGCAGAGGCCAUCAAGCAGGCUGGAGGUGAGGAGAACUGCUAUGCAGUUGCCAGUGUGCCCUCGGCAGGCAUCUGGGCAGUUGGCCUUGCUGGUGGCUGGAAGGUGCGAGAGCUGGCUUGCAAACUCGCGUUGAGUGUUGCACUAGUUGCCAGCUCUGGGGACUUUGAUCGAUUUGGAGCGUAUCCCGACUUCGUAGAAUUUGCGCAGACGGCAGGGACUCCUGGUGCAAUGGUGGAGGAACCGGCUCUCAAAAAGCCGAAGGCCAGACGUCUGUGA